AUGCGGAAGCCAUGCCCGGGCCCCAUGCGCGAUGGCUCUACCUCGGUCUAGUGUGAAUCUCGCAUCUGAUGCGGGAUUCACGCGUACCGGCUGCCCACACCUUGUAAAUACCCCAUGCUUCGUACGAGCAUCUGCAACGCUCGACACUAGCGCAGCCUACGGCCAUGCCAAGCAUUCCUCGGCUGGCCUAGCUGGCUGGCUGCCUGGCUGCCGGCUGCUGGUCCAGACUCGUCACUCGCACUCGCUCCGGUCCGCACGUCAAAGUCGUCGAGUGUGGAGACUGGUCUUUGCCGUAUUUCGCUGUUUUGAUCCGCGGUUUGAUUAACCUGUCGACUUGACCACUUUAUUUGAAGUCGACGGAGAUUUUCUGGACCACUUGGUACCUGACAUUAACCUAAGAUGGAGUUUUGUUUGCCAGCGUAAAUCGCACAACCAGAAAAUUACAUCUAAAAAGGCCUCCCCAUCCCCGCCGAGCACCGACGGCACCAACAACCACCAUUAACUCUCGACCCGGCUCUUCGCUUUCAUGUUCAUCAGUAUUCAUGUCCCAGGACAUUUCCAACGAGUCAGCGUCGUCCAUCGACUUCCAGUUCUCUCCUCCCGGUUCUUUCACCGAGCUUGUUGAGGAGAACAUUGUUGUGCCACGUAAAAGAGAAAGGGGCCAGGAGCCGAAGCAACAUCUCAGCAGUGCCAAGAGGCAGCUUGUGGAUGUUGAUUCUUACAUUCAGACUGCAACAAUUGUUUCCCAAAACCUGACCGACGUUUCUAGCAUUGUGAGUGCAGAAAGUGGGUAUUUAAUCUGUCUUAUAUUAUUAUACGGAUGCUUGACUAUAACCUUUCUUUAA